AACAGCCAUGUUGGACGUGGCCAGCACAGGGGCCGGCACCACAGGGUUAUAGAUGCAGCUGUCACGAUGCUCGCGUCCCUGGUGUUGAAGAGAACAGCGGCCGCGCCGCGGCUCCUCUUCCGGCUGCUUAGGUCCCCAUCUCCUCAGAACCAUGGAGAUGCAUUCGGCCGGAGCGUGACUACCGGGAAUCAAGGGGAGCCGCAGUGGUUGAGGGCCGCCGCCGGGGGGCGCCCUGGACCAUCGCCAGCCUUGCUCACCGGACUAGGGGCAGCCACCGGGGAGCGCCGAGGAGGACGCGCAGAGACCCGGAACCUUAUGGUCGUAACCUGGGAACACCUUCCGAGCUCCGAGGAAACCCUCCCCGGACAGGACAGCUGGAAUGGGGUCCCCAGCGGUGCCGGACUAGGCAUGUGGGCCCUGGCCACAGCUCUGGUGGUUCAUUGCUACAGCAAGAACCCGUCCAACAAGGAUGCAGCCCUGUUGGAAGCUGCUCGUGCCAACAAUGUCCAAGAAGUCAGGAGGCUGUUAUCAGAAGGCGCAGAUGUCAAUGCAAGGCACAAACUUGGCUGGACAGCACUCAUGGUGGCAGCCAUCAGCCGAAAUGACAGUGUGGUGCAGGUCUUGCUUGCUGCUGGGGCUGACCCAAACCUUGGAGAUGAUUUCAGCAGUGUUUACAAGACCGCCAAGGAACAGGGAAUCCAUUCUUUGGAAGUCUUGGUCACCCGAGAGGAUGACUUCAACAACCGACUGAACAAUCGCGCCAGCUUCAAGGGCUGCACAGCCCUGCACUAUGCUGUCCUUGCCGAUGACUACCACACUGUCAAGGAACUGCUUGAUGGAGGAGCCAACCCCCUGCAGAGGAAUGAAAUGGGACAUACACCCUUGGAUUAUGCCAGAGAAGGGGAGGUGAUGAAACUUCUAAGGACUUCUGAGGCCAAGUAUCAGGAGAAGCAACGGAAACGAGAGGCUGAAGAACGGCGCCGCUUCCCCCUGGAGCAGCGGCUGAAAGAGCACAUCAUUGGCCAGGAGAAUGCCAUCGCCACAGUGGGUGCUGCAAUCCGGAGGAAGGAGAAUGGCUGGUACGAUGAAGAACACCCUCUGGUCUUCCUCUUCUUGGGAUCAUCUGGAAUAGGAAAAACAGAACUGGCCAAGCAGACAGCCAAAUAUAUGCACAAAGAUGCCAAAAAGGGCUUCAUUAGGCUGGACAUGUCUGAGUUCCAGGAGCGACAUGAGGUGGCCAAGUUUAUUGGGUCCCCACCAGGCUACGUUGGCCAUGAGGAGGGUGGCCAGCUGACCAAAAAACUGAAGCAGUGCCCCAAUGCCGUGGUGCUCUUCGAUGAGGUAGACAAGGCCCAUCCAGAUGUGCUCACCAUCAUGCUGCAGCUGUUCGAUGAGGGCCGGCUGACAGAUGGAAAAGGGAAGACCAUCGACUGUAAGGAUGCCAUCUUCAUCAUGACCUCCAAUGUGGCCAGUGAUGAGAUUGCACAGCAUGCUUUGCAGCUGAGGCAGGAAGCUUUGGAGAUGACCCAUAACCGUCUUGCUGAGAACCUUGGGGAUGUCCAGAUUAGUGACAAGAUCACCAUCUCAAAGAAUUUCAAGGAGAAUGUGAUUCGUCCCAUCCUGAAAGCUCACUUCCGGAGGGAUGAGUUUCUGGGAAGGAUCAAUGAGAUCGUCUACUUCCUCCCCUUCUGCCACUCGGAACUCAUCCAACUAGUCAACAAGGAACUGAACUUCUGGGCCAAGAGAGCCAAGCAAAGGCACAACAUUACACUGCUCUGGGACCGCGAGGUGGCAGACGUGUUGGUCGAUGGCUACAAUGUGCACUAUGGCGCCCGCUCCAUCAAGCACGAGGUAGAACGCCGUGUGGUGAACCAGCUGGCAGCAGCCUACGAGCAAGACCUGCUGCCGGGAGGCUGUACUCUGCGCAUUACUGUGGAGGACUCAGAUAAGCAGCUAUUCAAAAGCCCCGAACUGCCCUCACCCCAAGCUGAGAAACGUCCACCCAAGCUGCGGCUGGAGAUCAUCGAUAAGGACAGCAAGACCCGCAAACUGGACAUCCAGACACCAUUACACCCUGAGAAGGUGAAGAGCCCAGCUGUCUGCAACUUACUUUGAAAUGCAUCAAAAAAUACAAUGGACUGACAGGUCCAUAUGGCCAGCAACUGAGUUCCAGUGAGGAACUGAGCCCCUUCUUUCAACAACCCUUGAGGAGCUGAAUCCUGACAACAACCACGUGGUGACGUUGGAAGCAGCUGCUUCCCUCGGUCAAGCCUUCAUCUGCGGCCACAGGCCAGACUAAUACCUUGAUUGCAACCUUGUAGAGACCCUGAAGCAGAGGACUCAGC